AUGCCUGUCGACUUUUCGACAUUUAUAACUCAAUUAAAUGACGCCCUCCUUGCUGAAAACGGACCCAACCUCGCCUACCUUCUACGACCAACAAGUCCACAUGGGAAAGAUCUUGUGAAGGAGUUUCGCAAUCCGACGCGCCAGAUGUUGAGCCGGUACGAGGGAGGCAUCAUGAGCCCAUGGGACGAGAUCGCCAUCCAGUAUGUCUUGACAUGUGGACAUAUAGCAAAGAAGAGAUACGGAGAGGCAUUCAAAGAAGAAUCGCAACUCGUCUCCUUAUUCUUCCGAUUCUUCACCGAAAAUCGAGGCUGGACAUUGCCUGCUUUGUUUUCAAUUUUGAGGGAUUUGAGAGACCUCGCAUAUGAUGUAGCUUUCCUUCUCUUCAAUUUUUCGAAAGUGGUCUCAAGUCAAUGCCAGGCCGACUUUCACGCAAAGUACCAGGGUCAGAAGAGCGAGUGCAUGGAAGAGGCUGCCCGAAUAAUUGCAAAAGCGUUCGGAAAUUGUAUGACUGACAGAACCUCACCGCCCGACCAGUCAAGAAAGUGGGGAGUUUACUAUGUCGUGGGCUUGGUUCUAAAGUGUUACUUUCGGGUCAAGCGGAUAUCACUAUCAAAAAAUGUUCUCCGUGCCCUGGAGGCAAAUAACGACAUCCCCCCGCUCUCUUCAUACCCUCGAUCACACCAAGUCACGUAUCGAUAUUAUUUGGGCAUGCUAAGUUUUCUGAAUGAAGAGUUUGCCAAGGCUGAACAGGAACUAACACUUGCUUUCUAUAAUUGUCACAUUCAAGCUCAUGCCAAUCAAGAACGAAUUUUGACCUACCUCAUCCCCCUAAGGAUUUUGAAAGGUCACCUCCCAUCUGCCGAACUAAUGCAGCGUUUUCCCGUUCUGGACGAGAUAUACGCACCUUUCAUCGCAGCUCUCCGAGCUGGUGACAUACAAACAUACGACAAUGCUCUAGAAAAGUGGGAAAGAAGGCUCCUCGAGCUCAACCUGUGGCUAACUCUCGAAAAGGCGAGAGAGUUGUGUCUCCGAGGCCUGUUCCGACGGAUGUGGGUAGCAGCAGAUAAAGCCACACGAAUCCCAAUAUCAAUGUUUCACACUGCCCUCAAAAUCUCAGGCAGCGACGUUUCGGUGGAAGAAGCGGAGUGCCUUGUGGCUAACCAAAUUUACAAGAACUUUAUCCGUGGAUAUAUCAGCCACGAAAAGCAAAUGGUCGUGUUGGCGUCGGUGAAUACAUUUCCGAGGUUGGCGGAUCGUCCGACACCGUUCGCGUUGAUAUAA